AUAACCGUUGGAGAGGAUUGAUGACUUGGCACAGUCAUAAUCGGAAUGGGCUUGGGCUUGAAGAUUGCUUCAUUCAGAGUCUUGGGCCUGUCCGUACUGAGGUUGCUAAUAGUCGGGGCAUCUAAUGGGUGGGUAGCUACUUUGAAGGACGGCGGCAUAGUGCGUCUCCAAGAUGAUCUAAACCCUUUUGCAUCUGAUACAAACCCUAAACGCAUUCCCCUGCCUCCUCUUGUCACUCUUCCUCGCUGCCAAACCCAAAUGGUCACCAACAUGGCCAUGUCCUCGUCUUCUCCCGAGGACGAGGACUGUGUUGUCUCUCUUAAGUUCUUUGGACCUCAGCUGAGCUUUUGCAGACCAGGAGGUAAACCCGAGUGGACCAACAUCAGAAUCGCAAACCCCUGCUUCUACUCAUCCCCUGUCGUGUUUUCCAAGAAACACGGCAUGUUUCGCAUUCUCGCGUCUGGUGGAUACCUUAUUGGAUCGUGGGAUGCCUGCACAGACAAGAAGAACAAACCCAAGUUCCAGAGGUUGCGGUUUCGAAACGUUCCCAAGCUGAGCAAGACCAAACGUGAGCUUUUGAGUUCGUGUUGCACGAGCGAGCACUUGGUGGAGUCAGGAACCACCGGUGAAACUUUCUUGGUUAAGCUGUACAGGAGGCCAAGGGCUAGCGGUUCAGAGAAAAUGCAAACCAAAGCCUUGAUGGUGUUCAAGAUUGACGAUGAAGGUAACGCAGUUUACACUCAAGACAUUGGAGAUCUCUGCAUUUUCAUCUCAAAGUCUGAACCUUUCUGUGUUCCUGCUAGCUCAUUCCCUGGCAUGCCCUCUAACCGGGUCGCCUUCUUGGAUUUUGACGAGAACGUCUAUAUUAGUGUGCCCUAUUCCAACAUCAUUGGUGGCAAUUGUCCUUACCUAGCCCCUUACCAUAUUCCACCUCAAAAUAUUGUCUAAUACUACGUUAGGGUUGAGUAAUCAUGAUCAGUAAUCAUGCUACCUCAACAUAUAUUGCUGUGUUUUGUUACCACAUUUCAUGCUGCAUGUGUUCCUUAACUAUAAAAGACUAGUUAAUGUUGGUGUUUACUCUUUUGACUUGUUAAGAAUUUUAUUCAACUUCUUAUCCUCCUUCUUUAUUUUUCAUAUGUUCAUGAGACUUGCAUGAUGUAAGAUCACUGAAAUUGUUUAGUAUGAUUGCUAUUCCAAAGUUGCACAAAAAAAAUAAAAAAAAUUGCUAUUCCAACAAGCUCCAAUAAUUGUUUAAUGUGAGGAUCAGAAGGAACAAUGAAAAGUGAACACAAAAAUGAAUGGAAGAGAAAGAGAUAUAUAGAGAGAAUAAAUAAAGAAUGAGUUCUCUUCACCAACUGUUAUAUUAUGUUGAUUUUUUUGCAAAAGGAGAUCAUCAAUUUGUAGCCUGCAUAUAACGAUUACUUAAGGACUAAAACGUUUGUACUCCAAAAGUGCAUGACCACUUACCUAAUUUCAGAGACAUGAUAACCAUUUACCUAAAUAUGAUUAUUGUUUAUAUUCACCCAAUCAACUCAAAAAUUAAUUUAAAUUGGUUUUAUUUGAUUGGCUUAAUAAUAUUUAUAUUUAUAUAAGACUUGUUGCUAACAACUCUAUUCUUCAUUGGCAGACAGAGUAUAGAAACUGUGUUUACUAAAUUAUUUUUAAUAUAUAUUUAACAAUUCCAUUUAUCUCUUGGAUAUAGAUGCUUUACUAUGCAUCAUUGUUGUACUGUUGUACAUUUGACAUCAAUGACAUGUUGUACACAAUGAGAUGGAGUAGUGAAAACAUAUAUGAUCAGCUUAAUAUAGUCACUGUUUUACUCCAAAGAGAACACACAUAACAAUCUCAGAGAGAACAUUACAAAGCUAGUUGUCAACAACAUCUUGUGGUGGAAAAUAAUAAGGGGAAUAAAAUGUACCACUUGUAGUAGCGAUGGAGAUGUCACCUACAUCAUAACCUACGAUUUCAUCAACAUCGAGGAUGUGAAUGUAGUUACGACCACAAAGGGCUCCCUCUUGCUGAACAAACCACAGGAAGCGAUGAGGUGGUCUUCACAUCCAAGAAUACGAAACACCUUGUCUUUCUUGGAAAACAUGACACGGGAGGAGUGGAAGCAAGGGUUUUCGAGCUUGAUGCUGGUCCACUCUGGUUUACUCUCAUCUGGCCUGCAAAAGCUGAGCUGAGGACCCAAGAACUUGACAGCCACGACACAGUCCCCAUCAUCCUCUGGAGAAGAUGACGACAUUGACACGUUGGUGAUGAUUUUGGUUUGGCAGAGUCACAAGAGGAGGCAGCGGGAUACGUUUGCGUUUUAUCAUCAUUAAUUCAUUAUGAAUGUGAGGAUACACCAAGUUCAUAGGUACCCUCUUGUCCAGAUCAGUUAUGGCACGUUGAUUAGCAUAGCAAACUGUGAGUCUUGCUUGAUCGUGUCCACAAAAUCUAGCGGCGAUGACAAAACCAGGAGGGCUUUGCCGCAAGGAAGUUGAGAAGCCGUUAGAGAUAAGGAGAGAAACAGAGGAGGAUCUUCUCACCCCAAGGUCUAGCGGCGACGACAAAACAAGGAGGGGUUUGCCGUAUGGAGGUUGAGAAGUCGUUAGAGAGAAGAAGAGAAACAGAGGAGGAUCUUCUCACCCCAACGCGGAGCCGACUGAGAAAGAGAGACAUGAGAAUUCUUUAAGCAAAAAGCUGAGAGAGAUUGAUGAUGUUCCAUCUUCUCUAAUCUAAAAUCUCUCCAUUAAUACACAGAAAGAGCCUUGUACCCCAAGGCAAGGUUUUGGUGGGAUAUUUACUAUUUAUUACUCUUUGCUUCAUGAUAUUAAUGAAUUUACUGUAAUUGAAUAUAUUUGGUAAUUUAUUAUUGGAUGUUCUUAGCGGAAAGGGAGAUAUUUGUUUUUCUUUUCCUUUGGAAAACAUUUUCCAUUAAUGUUUUAAAUACAAAACUGGGAAUUCGUCAACUUAGUGUCAGUGAUGUUAAUGUUAAUUUUUGUUUUUAUUUUUAUUUGUCACAGCAGACAAACAAUUCCCACAAUAAAAUUCAGACAUGUUUUAAUAGUGGAAAAACAAAUUCAAAACUAUACAUUUUAGUACAAGAUGUCCAUUUUCAAAAAUAUUUUUUUUCUUAAAAAGAAAAUAUUAUACUUUUGUUAUUAUAUUUUAUUUUCUAAUCUUUUUUUUUUUAACUUUGAGAAAUGGCAGAUGUUUUCUUAUUUUUUUUAAUGAAUAAUAUUUAUUAUUGAUCAACUAUGCGUAAGAUUAACUUAUGAUUCUUUGUCUUAAGAUUAAAAAUAUCUCCAAAGAGAAUACAUUAAACAUCUCACAGAGAACAUAAACAAGACAGUUUCAAAACUAGUUGCCGAUAUCUUGAGGUGGAAUAUGAUAAGGGGAAUAAAGUGGACCUUUUGCACUAGCCAUGUCGAAGGGGGUGCCAGCCACAUCCACAUAUCCGUUUUCAUCAUAAUCAUAGAGGUAAACGUUGUUAGUAUACAUGCCAGGAAAAGAAGUAGAAGGCACACAAAAAGGUUCAGACAUUGAGAUGAACAUGACGAGAUCUCCCAUG